CUUUCACGUUAUUCAUGGAAAACCGUUUGAUUCUCAUCUUACAUAAUCUCUAUAGUCUAUAAACUCUAUUGUUUAAUUUAUAUAUUUAUUUUUUAGCCAAUUUUUAUAAAUAAACACUAAAAUAUCGAUUUUACUUUUAUUUUCAUUUUCAUUUUCAUUGUCAUUUUCAAUUUUGAUACAAUCGUCUUAUCAACCUCUGAUUAACCUCUGAUUAACCUCUGAUCAACCUGUUAUAAAUUGAGAAAAAUGCUAAACAUCCAAAAUUAUCUCCCAAAACCUAAAAAAUCAACUUCCUUCAUAUCCUCUUGUUUUGCUGCUUUCAUAGCUGGCUCAGCAAAUUUCUACUCCUCCUAUGCUCCACAAUUGAUCUCAAAAUGUAACCUAUCCCCCAAACAAGCUUCAACUUUAGGAAUAGCUUUAACUCUAGGAAUGUCUCUAGGUGGUCUACCACUAGGUAUACUAAUAGAUAAUCUUGGUACAGAAUUCGCUUUAUUCCUAUCUUCUCUAAACUUCUUCCUUGGUUAUUUCCUCCUAUACUACUCCUUCAAAUCUUCUUCAUCAAAUUUAUUCUUAUUAACCUUCUCGCUUCUAAUCAUAGGUUUAAGUUCAAUAGCUGCUCUUUACUCUUCAACAAAAUGUUGCACCUCAAAUUUCAACAAACAUAGAGCCACCCUUAGUGGCAUUUGUUUCUCUUGUUUUGGUUUAUCUCCUUCAAUUUUUAGUCUAAUAUCAACAAAACUAUUAAACAACAACCCUCAAUUAUUAUUAGUAUUUUUAUCCAUUUUUUGUCCAAUCUUCACUUUUCAAGGGAUUUUCUUCAUGAGAUUAUUACCUUCUCCAUUAUUAUAUCAACAAACACAAGCACAAGCACAAGCACAAGUUCAAAUUCAAAACCAACACACUUCUUUAUUAUCCUCAAAGAAAAAAAAUUCCUUACAAUAUUUAACAACUUUAGAAUUAAACAACAACGAAUCUAACAUCACCGAUAACACUACUAAAAAAAAUUUCAGAAAUUCUCACUUAUAUAAAAUCCUCACCUCCAAAUUAUUCUUGAUUAAUUACUUCAUCUUGGCUUUUCUUCAUUCAACUGGCCAAACCUACAUCAUUCUAAUAGGCUUUAUCAUCAACGCUCAAUUCGAUUCUUUAAAUUAUAAUAAUAUUAACAUCAAUACUUCUUCUUUAAACCAACAACAAACUCAAGCCCUACAAGUAUCAAUCUUAGCCAUUUCAAUAUUCUUCGGCAAACUAUCUGCAGGCUUUGUAUCUGAUAAAUUAUAUUACUAUUUUAAAUUGCAAAGACUCUGGAACAUAGUUUUCUCCUCAAUCUUAAUGCUAUUAUCCCAGUAUUUAUUAACUUUUAUCAACAAUUUAGAUCUCUUAACUUAUACCAGUAUACUAACUGGCCUAGCCUUUGGUAUAACCUUCGCAACUUAUCCUUGCAUUAUCGCAGAAUAUUUUAAUUCUGGUCCAAACAGUAAAUUCACAACUAUUUGGGGGACAAUGACAACUGGCGCUUUCUUUAUCGUUCUAUCAAUAUCGUCUCUUUUCGGAAAAAUUUAUGAUAAAAACUCUAUCAAAAUAAUUAAUCAUCAUGGAAUCACUCAAAAAAUUUGCACUAAAGGUGCUUCUUGUUAUGAUACAACUUUUUAUUUAACUUCCUUUCAAUGUCUUCUUGCUUUAUUUCUAUCUCUAUAUGCUAUUCAUUAUAGAAAAACUCAUCCAAAUCAAUUUAAAACUCCAGUUAAUUUCUUUAUAUAAUCUCGAAUUGAAAACAAAAAAUUAAAUUUCCUGAAAUUUCAAUUUAUCUCCAUUUUGAAUUUUGAUAUUCACAAUAUAUUAACUUAUAAUCUACUGACAUUUC